GCAGUGUAGUCUGGGUAAUAUAUUGUAUGUGUUUUGGGGGAAGAAAGCACAGAUGGUCGCCUCUCCUCCGGACAUAUAUGAGCUUCAGAUGAAUUUGUAUGUAGCGUUAUUUUAAUUAUUAAGUGAUUGCGCGUUGUUAUAUUUCGUCUGUUUCAACAAGAACGCCACAAACGGAGGAGUUAAUUAUUGAUUGGCUGUAGCAUAUGUGCAGCCACAGUAAGCUACGUUGCUAACGUAGCUUCAAAAACGGGAAACGGCUACACCUAAAACAGUUUAAUGAAACAACUUGCAGGACAAAAUGCUUUUAAUGUUGUAAUGCAUACUAGUAGUUUUAAUAUCCCAUAUUUGGCUUGUUAAGUCAGUAAAAUUACAAGCUUUCCUUUGUUUCCAAUCGCUGUAUUGAUUGGUUAAACGAUCGGGAAGCAGGAGGUAGGAAAAAAUGGAUGAAAGUGCCGAAAAUGUUGACAAUGACGACAUUGUCAUUAUCGUGGAAAACGAGGCAGAAAGUUUGCCAGCCGAGGAAGAGAGGGUGAAACAGCAAGGCACCUUCGGGCUCAUGGACACUUGUCCAAUCUGCAAGUUGAGCUUCCACAACAGAGAGCCCAAACUUCUCCCGUGUCUCCACUCUUUCUGCAAGAGGUGUCUUCCUGCCCCCUUCAGGAGUGCCGACCCGAGGCGUGACUCGCAAGGUCAAGUCGAAAACAACAAAUCAUUGGGUGCUAUCCGGUGUCCGGUAUGCAGACAGGAAUGCUGGGAGAUGGACAUGUUGGAUAAUUUCUUUGUCAAGGACUCGGCAGAGGUGCCGAGCAGCACCGUGGAGAAAACCAGCCAGGUGUGUAUGAGCUGCGAUGACAACACAGAGGCAACAGGUUACUGCGUGGAGUGUGUGGAGUUUCUGUGUGUGACGUGCAUUGAGGCGCACCAACGGGUCAAGUUCACCAGGGAUCACACCAUACGCCAGAAAGAGGAGAUGUCUCCAGAAGCACUCGGUAUCUCCACACAGAAGCCCGUGUUUUGUGACAUUCACAAGCAAGAGCCGCUGAAGCUGUUUUGUGAGACGUGUGACAGACUCACCUGUCGGGACUGUCAGCUGCUUAAGCACAAGGAUCACAAUUACCAGUUUUUGGAGGAUGCGUACAGGAACCACAGGCAGUAUCUGGAGAACAUGACACAGCAGUUGCAAGAGAAAAGAAAGGCGAUCGAGGAAGUGUCUGGCUGUAUCAGCACUGGACUCCAACAAGUUGAGGAAAACCGGAAGGCCGUAACAAAUGAAAUAAAGAAGUCUAUCUGCAACUUGAUUAUGGAGAUCAACAGGAAGGGAAAGAUUUUGGUCAACCAGCUCGAGGCUCUGACUAAAGACCACGAGCUGGGUUUAAAAAAGCAGCAAGAGGACGUCAACUCUCUGAGCAGGCACCUUGACCACGUCAUCAGCUUUACCAAAUGGGCCACAGCGAGCCACAGUGGAACGGCUCUGUUAUACUGCAAGAGACUGAUCCUUUUCCAGAUCCAUUACCUGAUGAGAGCAAGCUGUAAUCCCUCCAUCGUCCCUCAGAGUUCUGUUCGCUUUCAGUGUCGCUCUGGUUUCUGGGCCACAAAUGUCGACCUUGGUUCUCUGGUUGUUGAAAGGGGCCCGGGAAGGCAGCCUAUCACCAACCACCAGGCAGGUCCCAGAGCGGAGGCCCCCAGUGGAGCGCUCUCGGCCUCAGCUCAGCAGCGGCAGAGCACGCUGGCUCAGCUCCAGAUGCAGACAUCUGUUAUUCCUCUGUCCAAGGUGGACAAGCUCUCCCAACAGCCCCACAGGCAGCCCCCGCCUAACCACUGGUCCUGGUACCAAAAUGUCAGGCUCCCGGGACCCCCCGGCCCCCCCCCCCCCCCCAGACCCAUCCACGGAGGGUCCUCCCCCUCCCAAGGCCCCCCCAGCAUGGGACAGCCGGGACGCAGAUACGGAAGCUCCCACUCCAACCCCAGAAGCCCGACAUCAUCCAUGCUUCACAACACAGCAUUCCCACCUGCUCAGUCUCUGAGAGAACUGAUCCAAACCUCCAACUUCCCUCCUAAACCCAUGGAUUUGUUGCAGGGUACGUCACGUUACCCACAGCCUCUGUCUGCCGGAGCUGCUGCACAGACGUCACUUCAUCAGCGGGGCCUGACGGAGUCCUCUUACCUGAAGAGGAGUGAGGCUGGUGCGUCUGUCCCCUCCAUCACCAUCUCUAUUCCCAAACCCACCUUUGCUCCAAGUCUAGCCUCAGCAACUACAGACAAAACAAGCACAGUUAAUCACAUAGCAGUUCAAGCAAGGCAGAACUCACCGAUGGCCAAACCAUCUUCUUCAGACAGAAGCACAGGGACGGCUUCCUGGAGGCAAAAUUCUGAGCCUCCAUCCGCCCCCUCAGCUAAGAGGCGAAGACGGUCGUCCCCGGGGCCCGUCAUCGUCAUCAAGGACGAACCAGAGGAUGAGGACGAAGUUCGAUUUGUGCAGUCCAGCCUGCCGGACAGCAGCACCGGGGCUCACUCGAAGCCUCGGCAGCAGCAAAAGGUGUCUGUUCCAGUCCCCGUCCCUGGACCAGAGUCUGGGAAAGAGCAGUGUCCGCAGCCCGCAGCACAGCCAGAGUCUGAGAAGAGAGCGGAGCCAGAGGAGGAUCCAAAUGAGGACUGGUGCGCCGUCUGUCAGAACGGAGGGGAGCUGCUCUGCUGCGACAAGUGUCCCAAAGUUUUUCAUCUGGCCUGCCACAUUCCUGCUCUCAAUGAGUCCCCUAGUGGGGAGUGGUUCUGUUCGCUCUGCCGAGACCUGGCGUCCCCUGAGAUGGAGUACGACUGUGACAGCAAGGAUGGUCCCGUCUCUGAAGGAUGUCCACCUGUUGAAAGAAGGAAGUGUGAGAGGCUGCUCCUUCGUCUCUUCUGCAAUGACUUCAGUACUGACUUUCAGCAGCCUGCUACUCCAUCAGAGACAAGAAAGUACAAAGAGCUGAUCAAGACCCCGAUGGAUUUGUCAAUAGUCAAGAAGAAGCUGGAGUCAAAGUCGAAGGAGGGUGAAUAUUAUAGCAGUCCGGAGGAGUUUGUUGCAGACAUCCGGCUCAUAUUCUCCAACUGUUCGAAGUACUACAAGGCGACCUCAGAGGUGGGUAGUGCAGGCUUGUACUUGGAGGACUACUUUGAGGAACAGUUGAAACUAGUCUACCCAAAUAGGGUCUUCCCCGGAGGGAGGGAAGAACAGAUGAUCCCUCCUUUGGAGGACGAGAUCGAUGAGGAGGAAGAGAUUAUGGAGGAAGGCAUGGCUCCCAUCGAAGACGAUAAACCGCAAAGUCCUGCAGGAGAAGGAAUCCCCCCUGUGGAGGAGGACUUGCCUCCUCUGGAAGAAGCGACAGCCUCAGAGGAGGAAAGAAAGUCAGAGAUGAAGGCGAUCGAUGCGAGUGAAAAUGGGACAGAUGAAAAGGUAGCAGCUACAGAGGAAAACGUGCCUCCUGCAGAGGAGGCAAAGCAGGGUGAGGAGGCCUCUGUGAAGGAGGCAGAGAGCUCUCCAGCUGCUGGUAGCAAAACAAGAGAAGAAGUAGCUCCCAGCUCCCCAAAAGAGGAGAGCCUUAAGCUCCCUACAGACUCGACUGUGGAUCCGCCUGAAGCCCAGGAAAAAGGCUCGGCUCCUGCAGACACAGCCAAAGAGAAAGAGGGAUAGAAAACAAAAAGAUACUGUCGAAGAGAUGGAUGAUAUCAGUCUUCCACAGAAGUGGCCCCAGUGGGGACCAACAUUUGCUGCAAUGAGACAAUUUUUUCUAACAUGUUAUAUUUGCAAUAGGAAAAAAUGAUCUGCUCUACUAAACAGAUGUAUUUAGUAGCAGUCCUGCUGUAGAUGCACAAUGAAGGGAGUAAAUAAGCUUUUUGUGUGUUUUUGCUGGACAGAGGUUACAAUUUUACUGUAACAUGAAAUGUUAUUUUCCGUGACGACAACACUGAAAAGCACACAAACGAUAUUUUAUGUCGAUAGGAUCAUGUGUAAGUUAUCAAAAUAAGAAAAAAAAAAAAAUAGAUUAAUGCAUGCAAUAGUGUUUUAAUAUAGGUAGUAAUGCCUCCAUUUUUGUGUUUAUAGACUUAAGCUUUAUUGCAAUAGUAUAAUUUUUUAUUGUAUUAAUGCUGUGUAUGCAACAUAUAAGGCUGCUGUAUGUAAAAUGGCAAAAAUAGUAAUGCUUGGCUGUUAGAGAACAAAAUGAGCUGCCACUGGUGUGGUUUCAUUUCUGUGUUGCCAGUUUGUGGCCUCUUAUCCUUCAAAUCCCAACAAUGCUUUAUCAUACAGCAGCCUUGUUGGUUUCUAUCAGGAGAACAGUUCCUCCAACUUUACUUUUAUCACUCGUAGAUAACUCGGAGACAUGAUUAUCACUUUCUCAUCAUCAGCCUCUGACAACAAUGCGUUCUCCAAAUUGUGUCCUUGCCCUUCUGCAGCAUGAUUAAUUUGACUAAAGAUUAGGCCUGAGCCUUUUUGUUUCACAAGAGUAAAAAAUCUCAUUGCUGACAGAGACUUUAGUUCACUAAACCUUCCUGUAUGACCAUUUAUUCAUUUAAAGAGAGAAGUGUGGGUCAAAAGCUACAAACUUCAAUUUCAAUAUUGAUAAUUUUGUACAAUAUCAUUGCUUUUAUUAUUUAUUGAGGAUAUACAGGACCUGUAAAUGAACUCUACAAACAAUGUCAAGAAUUAAAAAAUACCUGAAUUUACAAUAUUUGUAAUAAACAGGGUUAGAUGUAGAUCUGACUUAUGCUUUGCUCCCGA